AUGGGCCAUCCAGCCUACCUGCCCGGCCAUGCAUAUGUCCAGAAGCCGGAGACCGCGCAGCCGGCUGAGAUGGAUGAUGAAGACGAUCCGAACCGGAAGCAGCGGGUGCACUAUGCUGGGCGAGGUACAAGCGCAGAUGGCGGUUUGGCCUUGUUUGGGCAGAAGGUCACUCUUGUUGGUCGGGUGGAUUCCUCGGGCAGCAGGGAUCUCAUGGUUAAGCUUGAGGAUGGUAGACAAAUCAAGACAUCCCAUCAACGGCUUCGUGUGGCCGAGCCACGGCACUCCAGUGGCUUUUUGUUGCACCAGAAAGUGUACUACACCGGAUCCCAUGCAGCUCAUCGGCUUGUGAACCGAACAUCAUACUAUGGCCAGGCUGCCGAGAUUAGCAGUUUCCUGCCGGACUCGGCUAGUGUUCGUCUCACAUUUCAAGAUGAUUUUUCAAUCAGAACUUCCAGCUUCGCGCAGAGCAAGCCGAAGCUGUUCGGAAGCACGUUUGGUGUCGGGGAUGAGCUCUACUACAUUGGUUCGGUGAAGUCCCUUGUUGGCAAGCGUGCUACAAUCAAGGGAAUUAUUGCAGAUGUUGUUGGAUCCGUCCUAAUUGAGUUCCGAGACGGAACCACUCGCACUACCUCAGUGAAAAAUCUGCAAGCACAAAAGCCAUCUCAGUCAGCAGAUCAGCUGAGUUUCCGCCCGCAGCCACGGAUGCCUGCUGCGAACGUUCGUGAACUGACCGCGCAAUUGUCGAGCAUGAGCCUGUCCACCUCGGUGGCGAUCCAAGACGGGAACCGGCUUCGGCUUGAAGAGAUAUUCUAUACUCAAGACUCCAUCAAACGCUCGUUCCAGGAUGGACGUACGUUGACACAGAUGGUGGGCGAAUUGAUGAGCGAUCAGAAGACCUUGAUGCAAAUUCCCCGCAUCACGGUUGUGCGCCACGAGGGCCGAUGGUUCUCGGUAGACAACCGACGUUUGUGGGUAUUUAAUCAAGUUUUCCGGGGCUCAAAGAGCAUUCCAGUCUAUCAUGGAAUGCAGGACAAUAGGUUCUGGAACAAAUUUACCACCACAAACGGUUGGGGCAGCCUGCACCUGCUUAUCCAAGAGGGAGCAACCUUAGUGGCCAUCGGCAGUUUCGUAAAUCAGGGUCUUUUCUGGGUCAAGAAUAUCGGCAACCACAAAAAGACGAAAUCUGAGCAGAUCGAAGCUUGCGAUGCGCAAGGGGGAGAGCAAGGACAGUGUGUGACCACAGUGUCGGCCCUGGAGGAGCCGCCGCAGAAGGAGGUGGACGUGGACAUCGUGCGGGGCAUCUCCCUGCGAGGGUGUCCCGUUUUCAAGUGUUUCUUUCCCAUACCUGGUGGACCCCCGGAGGAUGGAAAGUGUGCGCGCUCGGAUAUCAGCUUCGUGGAUGUGACCAGCAUCCACCAGGUUGACCAAGAGUUGAAGGAGCGCGGAGUCUACGGAAUUGCCGGGUUCCUGUGCAUCUCUGACGAGCUGCGCAUUCUAUGGAGUUCGCCCUACCUAUCCAGGCUCUGGUGCGUCUUCGAGCUUGCGGCUUACAAAAAGGUGAACCCGUCAGGAAAAAUCACAUUCAGACCUCUUUUCAUCGAAAGGACUGUAUGCCUGAUGCUGGCUUCGGCGUACGUCUUUGCAGCAUUAUUUCUCAUUGCAAGGGAUAUCUUUGGACCGGGCAUUACGACGCUGGCCGUCGCCUUUGCCAUUUUCGCUUGCCCAUAUGCUGCGGGCAUUUAUCUGCUUCGAAUGAGCUUCCGGGAGAAGCACCAACUAAUUUACCAGCUUGCGAACUUUGACUUGGAAGAAGUGCACUGCGCCGAGCAGUUCGACCGAGACUUCAUCCACUCAGCUAUCGAGAAGUGGUAUGGAAGCAAGAGGGCCUUCACCGAGUUCGUGCGUCAAGAUCUGAGGAAGGAUGUGGAAAAAAUCCUGGCUGCUAAGCGCCUGCCCAGACGCUAUUUGCUGCUUCUGCUCCUUCCCAUCCUCAGCUGUUCCAUGGAAUUCUUCCUGGCAAACUGGAAGGGCGGCGCGCCCCGCGAUGUUCUGCUUUCCUUUGCUAUCGGCAUCCUUUUCGGCUAUGACAUCUUCUAUGUUACUGCCUGCUCGAUUCUUAUGGUUUAUCUCUGCGACAUCCUGGCUCCCAAACGCUGCGGAUGUCUGGAUCACCUGCAGACCCUUUUCGCGAUCGUCCUCGUUGUGGGACUACUCAGUCUGGGAAAUUCACUCUCCGCACAGGCCUAUCAGGGGAGCCUCAGUGGCGCUGUCGUCUUCCUGGUUGUCUCAAUCGGCUUUGCGUGGCUGAUGUGGUGGAUGGAGCGCGACUCCAUCGAUGUGCUCGCACCCAAGGACGACCCUGACCCUCCCGGGCGAGCUGCAGCCCCCGGAAGCGAAGUCGACACUCUGGGUUAUUUCCUCAAGACCCGAGCCAGGCAAGAGCAGCCUACCGCGGAGGCUGACAUGUCGGAGGGAGCCAAAGUGGCCCUGCUUGCUUUCCGUGCGGCCGUGGCGGAAGUGCAGCGGCUGUCUUCGGCAGCAGAGGACGAGUCAGCCCCUGCUGAUGAGGAGGCGAUGCGCGCAGCCAAGGCGAAGCUGGCCGCAGCGAUGCGGACUGCGACGUUGGCGGGAGUCUCCGCGCAGACACUCUUAGAGGCGAGUGCUCCUCCGGAGGAAGAGGAGGACCAGGAGCAACAGCCAGAGGGGCCGCAGAUGACGGAGGGCGAGCUGAAGAACGGCAGCCGCGUCGAGAUCUUUGGCUUGGAGUCUGAGAGCGGCAAAGCCCUCAAUGGCCAGGUCGGGCACAUUGCUGGCUUUUUGGAGGAGAAGGGCCGAUACCAGGCCUAUCACAAAAUUCUGCGCCAGAAAAACGUCCCUGCCUUGACCAGUGCCGCAACGGCUUUUCAGCUUGGGGGCCUGCCCAAGAGGCCAGUCACAAUGGCAUCGCACGUGGUGCGGGUUUUCCAGCAGCUAGCCAAGGAUCGUGGAUGGUCAUUGGGAAUCAUUUUCCUUGAUCUCCGCGAAGCCUUUUAUCGAAUUAUGAGGCCGCUAGUUGUUGGUUUUAGUGGGUCUGACACUGACAUAGCUGCCAUUGUCAAGGAGGUGCAUUUACCCCCUGAGGUCAUGCACGAACUCCAUGCAUAUUUAGAGUCCCAGACUCUCUUCGAGGCUGCUGGUGCCUCUCCAUGGCUGUCGGCGGCAACCUCAGAGGCCUUGAGCCAUACGUGGUUCCGCUUCGAGCAUAACGAAACUGUUACCGAAACCGGUAUCGGAACCCGACCAGGCGAUAAUCUCGCCGAUAUCGUCUUUAGUUUUGUCUUCGCCAGGGUGUUGCAUCAAGUGCGAGAUCGCGUCGACAAGGAGGUUGGCAUUACCACCGUACCCUGGGGUGAGGAUGUGUUAGCCAAUCCCUGGCACUCCCCCCCAUCUAACGGCAGCCAUUUACCCAUCCUUGACAGCACUUGGAUGGAUGACACUGCCCUCGUCCUUCAUUCCAAUGAGGGGCUACUGUCCAACUGGUUCCAUGUUAUCGCCAUCUUGGUGGACUGCUCCAUCAUACCGGUCGUUCUUUUCGACUCCCUUGUGCUUUCCAUCUUACUGUAUGGUGCGGGCACAUGGCCGACUUUGAGCGAUGCUGAAGAGAAAUGCUUAUCCACAGCCUACUUUCAGAUGGCAUGUAGCUUGUUGAGACCAACAUACGAUGUCAUGCAAGCCCGGAAACUAGGGCCGCUUCGUGUCUACGCCCUCACCGGCCUGCCCACCAUUGGCACUCACCUUCACCUCUCGCGCCUCAGACACCUUGCCUCCUGUGCUACGGACCCUAUACCUGAGUUAUGGGCCCUCCUACAUGCGGAACAGGCGUGGCUCUCUGCGGCUCGCUCCUCUCUCCAAUGGCUGGGAGAGCUCCUCGAGGGAGACCGUGCCACUUGUGAUCCGUGCCGUCUCUGGCCCCAGUGGGCUGAGAUUAUUCAACACAAUCCAGGCCGCUGGAAGAGGCUCCUUUGCAAAGCCCAGCAGAGGGCUAUUCGGAGGGAGGCCUGGCAGUCCGCGGGGACAUACCACCAGGGACUCCUCGCCAGGCCUGGUCUGUACAUGCCUUCAAAACUCAUGGACGAUGCACAGUUGGACGAGGUGACAGGGCACCACACACCGAUUGAACCCGGACAAGGCAGUACCAAAGGAGAGGAUGCCGGACGAUGUCAGACCCCUGUCCUACAAGCCGCGGGACCCACACUUCCCUUGGAUUCCACGGCAUGGAUUGAUGAGACUGACCGCCCUGUUGCUGAAAUUCUGGAUUGCCUUCGAUGGGUGGGUACCGAUGUUGACCCGACCAACGAGCCCGCCAUCUGGGAGCAGACCCGAUUGGCAUUUGCAAGUGUCUGCACCACUACUCGGCGACUUCGCAUAACGGCCCAGACUUUUCUGGAAACAGAGCUCCCCCGCCUUCGAUUGGACAUUGCGACGCCCUUGCGGCGGGUGUUGGAAUGGGUGCCUACCGCUGACCUUGUGGAGUGGAUCGUCCCUGCCUCGGAUCCUGCCCCUGACUCGGUCUGCACCUUCCGUGAUGGAGCUCUUGUGCUUGAUGCCCUAGAAGUCGCAGCUAUCCGCCUGCCGAGACCGCUACCUCCGUCUUGUGAGCAGACCACCGUCUCGGUCGGCCCUGAUGACUGGUGUGCGACCCUGAAUGACCAGAGACGGGUUUUAUUCCCCUUCUCGGAGUGUGUUGCUUCUUUGCAGCAGGGGGAGUCUCUCUCCUUCAUGGAUGGUCCCUUCGAGGAUGUAGCCUUUGAAUUGUGUCUCAGCGACUGGAACGGAUUCCGCGACUGUCCGUCGAUCCAUGUGCCGCCGGCCACCUUUCAUCGCCAACUACUCCUCAUGACCCUCCAGGGUGAUCUGGUUCGAUUUGCCCUUCGACUUUGGGCCCGUGGAGUUCCCGCUUGCCUCCUCUUCCCCACUUGCUCUCGCCCCUUUCUCUCUCAAUUGUUUGAGAUCCCGAGCUUGAGCCUGAAGGUCACUUUGGCUCCCGACAAAGUCGUCAGCCUUAAGCCAGACAACCUGAAGCAGCAGCCUGCAGAAAGCGGACCCAAGCCGGAGUCUGCUGGUGGUGCCGAUGCCUCCGGCCAUGUCUUCCAAGCUGGAGAAAGGGUGGAGGUGAGCGGCCUCGAGUCAGAAGCGGGGAGGAAACUCAACGAGCGCGUGGGCAUCACGAAGGAGUUUCUCGCAGACAAGGGUCGAUGGACGAUCGAGAUGGAGGACACCAAAGAGGUGGUCUCGGUGAGGCCUGCGAACCUAAGCUUCGUGGACAAGGCGGCCGAUGAGGGCUCCGGCUCCUCCAGCUCUAGCAGUUCCCGCUCAAAGAAGAAAAAGAAGCGGAAGCGAUCGUCGGGUGGUGCAAAUCCGGAGGAGGCCCUGGAAGCUAUGCUGAAGGGCGAGCGAGUAAGAGACGACCGGCGGAAGAAAUCCGCAAGGGACGCAGGUGCAGCUGCAGCUCGAUUUGCGAACGAGGCCGAAGCUGGAACGCUGCAGCCAGGCGACCGCGUGGAGGUCGUUGGCCUUCAAUCUGCUAGUGGCAAGGCCCUGAAUGGAAAGCAAGGGCUCAUCACCAAGUGGGAUGAGAUGAAG